AUGACACCUUUGCCAAGUGAGGACAAAACAACAGGUAUAAAAGGACAGAUCAAAGAGUGGGUAGAGAGCUAUAGACAAGUGCGCCAACGGACGGUUAGGAGUGAGACCACAAAAGCUGUCUACGCUGUUCAUCGCAACGACAACGAAUCUCAAGAGAGACUUCGAUUCCCUGAAGAAAACGAAUGCAUAACCGAGAUUUACCGACAAACGACAAAGGUCGAAAAUUUUAAUCGACAAAGUAAUGAAAUUUUAACCGACAACCGACAUGUGGACCCCCCCAUUCAGACCCUCUACACUCUACAAUCAUCCAUAGAUGGGUCAAAUUGGACAGAUUACAAAGAAAUUGGACAAGUUAAGUCUCUUAAGGGAAAUGGGGACAGAAACUCAGAGAUUCAGCACAUUCUUAAUGCAGAUGUUUUAGUGAGGUAUUUACAAUUUUUGCCAGGAACUCACCAUGGUGGUGUGUGUUUGAGAGCAGAGGUGUUUGGAGUGAAGCAAAAACCAGAGAAUCUUGCUCUUGGAAAGCCCACAAAUCAGUCGUCAACAUACAGUGAUGCUCUGAUCGGUGCUGCUGAGUCAGGAAGAGCAGUGGAUGGAAAUGCUGACACUGAUAUGCUUAACAAACACUGUUCACAUACAAACCAAGACAACCCCAGCUGGUGGCAAGUGGACCUGGCUUUAGGUCAUGCAGCAGUCUAUGAAAUACACAUAGUUAACAGGUUCACAGGUGAUCCAGGAAAAAAUAAUGUAGACUACAAAAUAACAUUUGGUAACUCUAUAGAUGUGGCAAGCAACCAUGAAUGCACAGGACGCUAUAGUUUUCAUUCAGUUCAGAGCAUCAGCCAUAUGUUUCACUAAUCCGCUGACGACUGGUAAAUAUGUUGGUAUAUAAUGACUACAAAGAGUAAAGUUCUCCAGCUAUGUGAGGUAGAAAUUUAUUCACGAGGUAACCCAACAUAAUACUUUAUUUU